CGCAGACUCGGCCGGAAGCAGUCGGGAUCUCUGGCCAGGGGAAAGCGGUCAUCGCUUGAUAAUGAUCACACCAUGCCGUCUGGGACCAUCAAAAUGGUGUCCUUGGAUCACGGUGCUUUGUGUGUACAGUACAGAGGACCGACGGCAGAGGUACGUCUUUGGUGGGUAAUUGUCGACCUCAGCACGGAGGAGACCGUGGUCUUGUCGCCCAGGAACCAUCAGCGCGAUCGCCGACGAAGCCGUCGAGGGAUUACGGCUUGGACUGUCAUUAUUGGACUGGGCGAUCUGGGCGCUUACUCGUCGCAGUCGGUCGUGUGUGUCGAUGUCUGUACAGUACAGCUCCGUCGGUGGGAGGCCGUCCGUGUUCAGCCGUGCUGGGCGGCAUCUGCCAAUCACGGCGGCGACUGCCUCUAG